GAUACUACGAAGAGAAGAACCUGUCAAAAUGAGUGGUCGCGGAAAAACCGGAGGCAAAGCGAGAGCUAAGGCCAAGACCCGUUCAUCCCGUGCCGGGCUCCAGUUCCCCGUGGGUCGUGUCCACAGACUGCUGCGCAAAGGCAACUAUGCGGAGCGUGUGGGAGCCGGUGCCCCCGUUUACCUGGCAGCUGUGCUCGAGUAUCUGACUGCUGAAAUUCUAGAGCUGGCGGGCAAUGCAGCCCGCGACAACAAGAAGACUCGCAUCAUCCCACGUCACCUGCAGCUGGCUGUGCGCAACGACGAGGAGCUCAACAAGCUCCUGGGGGGAGUCACCAUCGCUCAGGGUGGUGUGCUGCCCAACAUCCAGGCCGUGCUGUUGCCCAAGAAGACAGAGAAGCCCGCCAAGGCCAAGUAAACGCAAAGCGCCCUGCUUCAACAAAAACAAAGGCUCUUUUAAGAGCCACACACUUCUCUGUGUGCAAACCUCCCUCCUUCUUGAUGUCAUUAACAACUUGAGUACUUGGAAACUUAGCAGAGAUGCACCUUUAUUUAUUUUGAAAUGUAUAUUAAUAAAUGCCAUCUUUCACAGUAAGGGACUGAAGUGCACAUUAAACUGCUAUUUUUAACUGAAACUGUCAGUUUGCUUUGUCAGGCAAGAAUAAAAAAAU